AUGGAAGACCUUUUUUUUGUUUUGAAAUAUAACGAGGAGGAACUAUUAGAACACAUAUUGAUCAAUUUUAUAUAUAAAAAGAAUGAGUGUCUAAAAAAUAUAUUUAUGAACAAUAGAAAUGACAAGGAUUUAUUUUUUUUUUGAAGAGAAUUUUUUUUAGUUAUAUAUAUAUAUAUAUAUAUAUAUAUAGUUGUUUAUUUAAAACUUGCAAAAUGAAAAAAAAAAAAAAAAAGAAGUAAAUCAAAGUAUACACAUUUGUUGAAUAAUAAAAGAACAAAAUUAUUAUAUUUAGAUUCUUUAAAAAAUAAUUACGAAAGGAAGAGAAACAUUAAUAUUAGAAAAGAAAAAAGAAGAGGAAUAUAUAAUAAUAUCCCUUCAAAAUAUUAUAAAUUAUUUACAAAUAAAAAAAAAAAAAAAAUGAAAUACAUUCAGUCUUUAUAUUUAACAAUUCAAAAAUUGUUUUUUAUCAUUAUGAAUAAAAAAAAAAAAAAAAAGCAAAUUUUAAAAUUAUAAUAAGAUAUCUUUUUUUUUUUUUUUAAAUAUUUGAUGAAUUUGUUUAUAAAUUUUUUUUUCAAUAUAUAUAAUAGAUGGGUUAACAUAAAAUAUAAAAAAAUAAUAAUAAUAAUAGUAAUAUUUUUAUUGUGGGUUAUAAUAAUAAGACGGACAAAUGCUCAAGAAAAAAAAAAAAAAAUUGUUUUAACUGAAACAUGGUUACUAGGAUUAUUAUUAUAUGAAAUAAUAACAAAAAAAACAAUUAUUCAAUGUAUCAGUUUUUAUAUAUAUAUAUAUAUAAAAGAAAGGAUAUACUUAAGGAUAUUAUAUAAUAGUAUAGAUCAACAUUUUAAGUAUAUAAAAUAUUUAUUAUAUAUAACACAAUUAAUUUUAAUAUAAAAAAACAGAAAAUCCUUAAAUCAUUUAAGAAGAUAAACAUAUACUUUAUAUAAUUUUUACAUGAAUAUAUUAAGGAAGCAUCAAAGUGUAUUACAUAUAUUAAAUAAAAUAGAAUAA